AUGAGGUUCUUCGGCGGGGCUUUACCAGCCCUUGCUCUCUGCUGCACAUCCGUGUUAGCUACACUUCCAUCAUCUUACGAUGUUGUCUGGAACAAGCCUGGAGUUAACGGCUCGGCUGAUUCUAUGCCUCUCGGUGGUGGCGACAUCGGUCUGAACACAUGGUAUGAGAAUGGCACAAUUCUCAUGUACGUCGCCAAGAGCGGUACUUUCGACGAGAACAACGCUCUUCUUAAGCUCGGUCGCGUCAGACUGUCAUUUGACCCUAACCCCUUCGAAGAUUCUUUCGAACAGAGACUUAUCCUCAACGAUGGUUACGUCAAGUACACUGGCAGAGACAAUGCCACUGCAAAGAUUUGGGUCGAUGUCUUCAACCCUGUAGUGCACAUCGAAGUUGACAGUGCCGAGGAAAUUGCCGUUGGCGUCGCUUACGAGAACUGGAGGUUUAAGGACCUAUCUAUGGUCAGCGAAGAGCGCAAUCAGGGUUCCUGGGGUAUCUAUACCUCAAAGGUCGCUAACGGCACCACUCACGCUGAUAAGAUCGAUUUCCAUGAGAAUGGCGUCCUGAUGAGCCACCGAAAUGAGAAGCUUGAUCUGUGGGACUUCCAGAUCAAGCAACAGAAGUUGGAGAAAUAUGCUGACGAGAUGUACAAUCCCAUGCGCGGGAACGAAUUUGGUAUCUUUGUUCACUCUGAACAACUCAAGCCUGGAGAUAUCACAGAUGGUCAUUACAUCAACACAACUUACAAAGCCUGGAAUCUCGAAGCUAAGGCGCCCAGAAAGUCGUUCAAGAUCGCACUGUCUAUGUACCAAGCUCAGACCAAGAGUCAUGAUGAGUGGUACAACGGCCUCAAGAAUGUCAUCAAGUCAGCCGUCAAAAAUACCCAGGAAGCAACUCUUACCUGGUGGCACGAGUAUUGGGCCCGCUCUUACAUCAUCAUAAACGAAGACAAGGGCGAAAAGGACGCAGGUUUUCAAGUGGGCAAAAACUAUCAACUGUGGCGCUUCCUCAUGGGCUGUAACGCCAAAUCUUCCUGGCCAACUAAAUUCAACGGUGGUCUCUGGACUUUUGACCCCGUCUUUGUUAACCCAUACCGACCAUACACACCAGACCAUCGACGCUGGGGCGGCGGUACAUUCACCGCUCAAAACCAACGUUUGUUGUACUGGCCGCUGCUAAGGUCGGGAGACUUUGAUGUCAUGACACAGCAAUUUGACUUUUAUAAGCGCAUCACUCCGAACGCUGUUUUGAGAGGGCAAGUCUAUCAGGAGCUUGAUGCUGCGUUCUUUUUGGAGCAGAUCGACAACACCGGUUUGUCGAAUGUGUUUGAGUAUGAUGCUCAGUGGUAUGACGAUGAUGCGAAUACGCCACGACCGGAUUUCUUUCCCGAUGGUGAAUUGUGGAACGUUUGGUUGAAUCAUAUGCAGGAUACUGCCAAUGAAUUUGCCGACAUGAUCCUCCAGGCAAACAUCUAUUCAGGCUACGACGUCAAGCCAUAUCUUGAAUUUAUAGAGUACCAGCUCGCCUGGUUUGACAAGUACUAUACCAGAGAAAUGCUCAAGCGCAACCCCUGGCCAUUGACUGGCAUGGCUGGUAAUGAAUCUCUAGUCAUCUAUCCUGGCUCAGCAGCGGAAACUUACAAAGAGGCGUACAACCCUGUCUCCACCCUCGCUGGUCUUCGCCAAGUUAUCAAGGAUCUCCUCAUCGUGGAUGAAUUUGCCCUUCAAAACAAAACUUACUACCAGAAAUACCUCGAUAAGAUCCCCGCCAACACAUUCCGUGAACAAAAUGGCCACACCUGCAUCGCCCCGGCCGAAGCCUACACCCGCGUUCAAAACAGCGAAGUCCCCCAACUCUACCUUGUUUUUCCCUGGACCGAAUACGGUCUCGGUCUACCCAAUCUUACCAUCGCCAAAAACACUUAUCUAUACGACACCGAAACGGUCAUCUAUCAUGGCAACAACGGGUGGAAGCAAGAUGUCAUCUGGCUCGCGCGUAUGGGUUUCACAGCCAACGCAACAGCCAUGACCGAAGAGCGGUACGCGCCUAGCAAGGUGUGCAAGUUCCCAAUCUUCAAGGGUCCCAACUUUGACUGGACGCCCGAUCUGAAUCAUUACGGGGCUGCGGCUAUUGGCUUGCAGGAACAGCUUGUGCAGACCUUUGUGGACGAUGAUAUCAGGUUGCUUGCUGCCUGGCCGGAGAGCUGGGAUGUUAGAUUCAAGGUGUGGGCACCGAAGAAUACUACCGUUGAGGGAAUGGUGAAGGGGGGUAAGGUAGAGGAGCUUGUGAUUCUGCCUAAAUCUCGUAAGGGAGAUGUGAUUGUUGGACAAGGGUAG